AUGGAGGAGGGGUUGUUGUUGACGGCGGAAGUACGGCGGAGAUGGGAGGUUGUAUUGGCGGAGGAGGUGAAGAAAACUUGUUACAUAGCAUUGCCAAUGGUGGUAGUGACGGUGUCACAAAACCUAUUGCGGGUGGCGUCUAUGUCAAUGGUUGGUCAUCUUGGUGAACUGGAACUCGCCGGCACCGCCAUUGCUGUGUCCCUCACCAACGUCACCGGCUUCAGUGUUCUUUUUGGAAUGGCGGGUGCACUGGAAACUUUAUGUGGGCAAGCUUAUGGAGCAGGGCAAUACAAGAAGGUUGGGACCUAUACCUAUGCCGCUAUUAUCUCUCUACUUUUCGUCUGUUUACCCAUUUCGAUCUUGUGGAUCUACAUCGACAAACUCCUAAUUGUUCUUGGCCAAGAUCCUUUGAUUUCAGCUGAAGCUCGUAAAUUCUCAGUCUGGCUCAUUCCUGCCCUUUUUCCUUAUGCCAUUCUCCAAUUGCUCAUGCGCUACCUCCAGUCGCAAAGUAUAUUGUUGCCAAUGCUUUGGAGCUCAGUCAUCAUACUCGUUGUUCAUGUACCCAUAUGUUGGUUUCUCGUGUUCUGGUUGGGAUUUGGGGGUGCUGGAGCAGCGUUAGCCAUCGGAAUCUCUUACACCUUGAAUGCAAUUCUUUUGGGGGUUUAUGUGUACCGAUCAGAAUGUUGUGAAAAUACUCGUGUUAUAUAUUCAGGAGAUGUAUUACCAAGCAUCAAGGAGUUCUUUCGUUUCGCCGUCCCAUCUGCUAUCAUGGUUUGUCUUGAAUGGUGGUCGUAUGAGAUCGUUGUUUUGCUAUCUGGGCUCUUGCCAAAUCCCCAGUUAGAGACUUCAGUGCUCUCAGUAUGUCUAACAGUUGGUGCCUUACAUUAUUACAUACCUUACUCACUUGGAGCUGCUGCAUGCACACGAGUCGCUAACGAAUUAGGAGCUGGGAACCCCAAGGCUGCAAAAACAGCCAUCUUGGCUGUAUCGAUGCUUGGAGCAGUCGAAGUGAUCAUAGCGAGCACCACUCUCUUUUGCUCCCGUUCGGUUUUGGGGUAUGCAUUCGGUAACGAAAAGGAACUAGUAGAGUAUGUGAGCAACAUCACUAUUCUUCUAUGUUUUUCGAUAUUUGCAGACACAAUAGCAGCAAUUAUUUCAGGGGUCGCGAGGGGGAGCGGGUGGCAACAUAUCGGCGCUUACAUUAAUCUUGGAUCGUAUUAUAUCGUUGGAAUCCCCAUGGCUCUGGUCCUUGGUUUUGUUGUGCACCUAAACGGCAAAGGAUUAUGGAGUGGCUUAAUGAUUGGAGCAGUCGUGCAAUGUGUUUUACUUACGCUCGUAACAUGUUCGACUAAUUGGGACAAACAGGCAACAAAGGCAAGAGAACGGAUGCUUGGAGGGGGAUUUGUUGAAGAAGAAUGACGACCUAGAGGGGUGGUUAUGUUAUGUGGCACGUGCUAUCGUUUUGUUCCUUCAUGGUAAGGUAAAAAAAAAUUAGGUUCGUGAAAUGUGCAAUCGUUUUAUUCUAGAAGGUGCAACCGUUUUAUAUGAUGUCACUGUAUCCAAAAGUUCUUGGAUCCGUCCCGCUUCAACAUCAUAAUGUGCAACA